UAAUUUUUUUAAAUUUGAAUCGUUCUUCCCUUUAUUUAUUUUCAACAAUAUUAAGUUUGUUAUAUCUUUACUUAUUUCAAUAAUUUUCAUAUUUCUUAAUUCUUUUGUCAUAAUGUUUAUUUAUUUGAUUUUUUUCUUUACUUCUUGUUUGUUGCUAGUGAUGCUACAGGUUUGUUUUUGAAGGCGUUGUUUCUUUUUCGUUUUACAAUGAGUUUUACAUAAGAGAAUUUUGCCUCUGGUAAACUUAAAAUCGCAGACCGUAAACUAUUUUCUGGAAUCAAUAGUGACCAUUUUUUCUCAGCAACGCUAUCAACAUUUGAGCUUCUUAGCGCGACGAUCAAAAUUCUUCAGCGCUCAAUCUUCCAUCAUAAACAGCAAAUAACGUGCAAUCGUGUGGCAACGUGAUAAAUUCAAAACACCAUCGAGCCGUUCGGCAAACAGCAGCAGCAGCAGCUAGCUACCUUGGUAGUGCGCCUCCAUGGCAACGUGGCGCGCGUUGCUGUCUGCGGCACUGUUUGUACGAAAUAAACGCAGUCACCACCGGAGAAGUGCCGUGGGCCAAUCUCGAAAGUGAAAAAGCGUCGAACGUACGUUCUUCGGUCUGCGUUUGCUUUGCGUUUGUUUCGUUACCUUUUCCUGGCUGUUGUUGUUGUUGUUUUUUUUUCGCCGGAUACUGGUUCUCCCUUCCGGUACGGGCGGAUUUGGAAAGCUUUCGUUCUGUUUCCGUUGCCGUUCCGAGUCGGCAAACGGCCGGAUAUAGGAGCACCGUCAAGCUCGCGGUUCGAGCGGAUAUUUGGAUUUCGGUAGCAAGGUUUCUCGUUUAGAUGAGCUGUAUACCGUGCGCACUGUGGCUUCCGUACUCCGGAUAGUGUAUGUUUGGGGUGUGCCAGUCGAAGCGGAACGGCGGAACUAUUUGAACGUGAAGAAAUAGGGGGAACUGUAGCCUUAGCGUUUAAAUUGUAUCACCAGUACAGUGAUACUUGGUGAAGUGUUAACCCAACGUGAACAAAGUCUAGGAAAAUGGGUCCUAAAAAAGCUAAAGGAAGUACUGUCAUCGAUGGCGUCGACACGUCCAGCAUGUCCCGGGAGCAGCUGGAGCAAUUCGCACUCAAGCUCCGCAAUGAGAUGGAGCGCGAGCGAGAGGAGCGCAACUUCUUCCAGCUCGAGCGCGACAAGCUGCGAACAUAUUGGGAAAUUACCCGCAAACAACUGGAAGAGGCGAAAGCGGUUAUCCGUGGCAAGGAGCGUGAUGUCGAGGUAGCUCAGGAGCUUGCCGAUCAGGACACCAAGAAUGUGAUGCAAGAGAUGAAACACCUCCAGUACGAGCAUCAAUCUCACAUUGGAGAACUGCGGGCGGAAAUGAUGACCCAGCUCAAGAUGGCUCAGGAAGAUCAUACUCUACAAGAGCGAGAGUUGCUAAACGACAAACGUGACCUGAAGCGUUUGUUGCGCGAGAAGGAAGAAAACACCGAGCUUGAGAUACAGCAGUUGAAGCUCAAGCACAGCGAACUGUUGAGUGUUGAGCGAGCUAAAUUUCAGGAAGAAAUCGAAGCCAUGACGAAGCUGUUUGAGCAGCGGCUGGGAAGCUACAAAGAAGAGGCUGAGGUACGCCACGAGAUGGAGCUGUCCGAGGUGGAGGAGCGUAAGAAUGGGCAGAUCGCUGAGUUGAUCAGCACAAACGAGCAGGCGUAUCGUGAGAUGAAGAGCUAUUAUAAUGCGAUCACGCAGAACAAUUUGGCACUGAUCAACAGCAUGAAGGAGGAGAUGGAGGAGAUGCGUCUGCAGUCGGAUAAGGACCUGAAGAGCUUCAGUGAGGUGAUGGCGGAGAAUAAGCGGUUGACGGAGCCAUUGAAGAGUUCGCAGGCUGAGCUGGUAGAGUUGCGGAAGAAGCUGCAGUACUAUGAUCGUGAUAAGGCCACGCUGAAUCGAGUGAAGACCCGGUUGAAUAGUACGCAGAAGCAACUGUCCAGCUUAAAGUUGGAGCAGGACGUGCUGCAGAUGAGGUGUGAGAAGCUGGUGGAAGAGAGGGAUCAGUUGAAGAGGUUGUUCGAAAAAUCGAUGCUCGAAUUGCAGCAGAAAUCGGGGCUCAAGAACUCGCUUCUGGAACGUAAGCUGGAGUACAUCGAGAAGCAAACGGAGCAACGGGAAGCUAUUCUUGGUGAGGUCCUAUCGUUGGCCGGUAUCGAACCUCAAUCGUUGAGUGUCCGAAUCGAGAAGCUACUGGUUCAGAAGAAUGACAAAAUUCAGGCGUUACGUUACGAUCUAGCUCGAGUGAGCAAGAUGUACGACGAUCUUCUAUCGCUUAUUGAGGGCAAGUUGGUAAAGUACGGCAUCACCCUGAAGGAUCUGGAACUAACCAACCUUCGGCAGGAGAAAUAGGGCCCGUUCAAAAUGCUUUCGUUACUAAAAUCCUGUUGUCACUUAACCCCUUUAACCUAAAGGGGAUCUCAAAUUUACCCAUGGUUCUCUAAGCAUUGACGCUUGCACCGCACUUGCCGUAAGAUGCGAGCAAAUAACACUCGGCACGCGAUUGCGUCAAAGCACGCAGACAUAGUUGAGAAGUGGGCGAGUUUAAAGCAUUUAUCUUGACGCUUCAAACCACUAAUUACGGAACGAGCGUGUAGCACAAACCGAGCGGUGGUUGAGUGUGCACAAAUGCAAAUGAUAAUUAUUACAGGCGCAUCAUUAUGAAUCAUUUAUGGGCGUCGUUUAAUUUUAUCCUCGGGUGGUUGUGUAGGUGUGAGCCUGAUUCUGUGUUUCCGCGGCUGCCUUACCAGCUGCCUCACCGGUAAUUCCAUUUUCCUUUCGCACUUUGCUUCGAAGCACCCCCCGAUCCCUGGAUUGCUACCCGGCACUGUGAUACUGUGCUGGUUGGGAUUAUGCUACGAAAAGAAGUAUAAUUCCCUGUCCCAGCACUGAUGCAAACAAGCGUACCACCACCGGUUGGAUAGAUUAUUCGCAACACAUUCGAGGAAAGGACAUUAGGAUAAGCGUAAAGUAGUUCCACGUAAGCUGUUGUUUGGUACGAGUACGGUGGUACCUACGUGAGCUAUAUGCUAGUGUGCGUUUGACCUUUUUUUUGCUCUCUGUCAACAUUCAAAACCCUUUAGACGGAUGAUGCAUUCUAGCGUUGAGCCAUUGAUGGUCACAUGGCCAUCAUACCUCAUUAGGGCGAUUUAGUAAUUAGUGGCUUUAUGAGUUGCGACUCGCUGUGCACCAGCUCUUAACGGCUUAUUAUUUCUUUGCCAAAGUGUGGAAAGGAAGUCAUCGGAGAGAUUGCACCAUUAAAACAGAGUUGGAAAUUAAUUAAAGACCGUUCUCGUGCGCCGAGCACGAAAGCGACACAAUUUAAAGCGCACCUUUGCGUAACUGAAAUAGUCGAUGUAAUGGCACAUCCGUAUUACCAUUCAACUUACCUUCCACAGCGUCAAAGGUACAGCUCGCAAGCACGGAAGCACCAUUGCGCCCGUCACAUUGCUUAUCUGUUUUGGAAUCAAUUAUGCAAAUGAAGCCACCGAAGGCUCCGGUCUGACGGAAACGGCUUAUUUAUUCAUCAUCACCGUAUCGUAUCGCGGAAUUCGACCGACCGGUCGCCCGGCACUGUACCAUUUCCGUACUACGGAACCCAGCAGGGACAAUGCAAUGUCUUGUGGGGCCGCUGACGGCCUGAAGCUCGCAUUCGCUUCCCCGCCUGAGUUGGUGACAUCUGUGUGUCCGCCAGGAAACUCAUCAAUGGUGCUCGCGUUGUGGUUGAGGAGAUUGUUUGUGAUUAAAUCAAUCCUUGCUUAUUGUGGUUGCGGUGCACGGGGUAACCCGGUAACGCUGGACGGAGAAACCUUGCUGGGCUAGUAAACAUCUUGGGCGAUGAGCGUGAACGGAUGGUUCUGGAUGAGGGUGUAAUGAUACUCGACAUUGAUUGCUGGAUGAAUGGCACUGGAAUGUGUGUCAUGUGUGUGGUUGCGUGUGUAUGGAUGGAUUGUCAAUCGAGUGCGAAGAGGAUUAUCGUAUUAUCCCUUCGAUAUGUUCUUAAUGGUAAACAUAGAUUGUGGGGCCUCGUCCGCGUAGGUGUACGCGCUGAAUCAGUAAUGGCGUGCAGGCUGAUUGGAUAUUGGAUGUCGCUAAGGGGAUGUAUCGCUUUCAAGAUGAUGUACUACAUUUGGAGAGGAAUCUAAACUGUGCGAAGAUUAAUGUUGUAUUAUUUUCUACAAAUUAACUUUCACAGUUUUUUAUAAAUCUCGGAAAUUAUUUUAUAAUGUUCGUGAAGUAUUUUAAGACUGAGUAAAUGAUAAAAAUGAGAAAUUCUUUUAAGAGAUUUAUAGAUAUAGUACGUUAAGCCAGUAGUGGAAAAUGGAACACAAUAUGUAUUGUGAGCUCUUUUAAUUUAUAUUUUGUAAACUAUAUUUAAAGUGCCUAUGACACGAAUAAAAUAUCACACUGUAUAAUACAU